AUGAACUUAAACAAUCUAAUCCUACGAAGACAGCAGGAUUAUCGUUUGUUACAAAAAUAUGAAAUACUGGAGGUCACAAUUGAGGGUACCACCGUGCAAAAGUUGCAGAAGAAAGGAACUCAGCUGCGAUUCGUUUGUGCUGAAGAUGUGUUUGAUGUACUUCUAGCUAUUCAUCGCAUAAUUGGCCACGGAGGAAGAACUAGUAUGUGUAAGGCAACCAAAGAAAAAUAUGCAAACAUUUCACGUGAUCAGAUAACGCUGUUCUUGCAGUAUUGUGAGGAAUGUCAGCUAAAGAAAAGUAGUGUGCGGAAGUGUGUGGUUGUCAAGUCAAUCGUUUCGAACAGCAUGAAUUCUCGAGCUCAGGUUGACUUGAUUGAUAUGCAGAGUCAACCAGAUGGGAAGUACCGUUUCAUUUUCAAUUACCAGGAUCACUUGACCAAGAUGAUAUGCCUUCGAGCCCUACAGACUAAGACUGCCGAGGAGGUAGCUUUUCACCUGGUUGACAUUUUCUGUGAUAAAGGAGCCCCUCAUAUUCUUCAAUCUGACAAUGGGAGAGAAUUUUCAAAUAAGGUAAUCAAGGAAGUUCUGGCUAUGUGGCCAGAAUGUAAGCUAGUUCAUGGGAAACCAAGAUAUUCUCAAUCACAGGGUUCCGUGGAACGAGCAAACAGAGAUGUUGAAGCAAUACUCGCUUGCUGGAUGAAAGAUAACAACACUACACAAUGGUCAAAUGGACUGCGCUUUGUUCAGUGGCUGAAAAACACGCGCUUCCAUUCUGGAAUUGGCAGGACACCUUAUGAAGCCAUGUACGGAGAGAAGGCUCAUCUUGGUAUUUCUGCUGUCAACAUACCAGAAGAAAUAAUGGAAGGCAUGGAGACAGAGGAGUAG